GCCGCGGCACGCCGCAUGCGCAGUCGCUAGAUGCUUCCGGUAGGGGUGAGCGAGGCGCGGGGCGAUGGCUGGGACAGCGGGUGCCGUGCUGCGGCUGGUGGCCGUGCUGCUCUGCCUCCUGGUCGCGGUGUCCCCGCGCUGUGCAGGAGAGACUAAUCUGAAGAGUCCUCAGGAUAUUCAGGUUUAUGCUGUAAAUACAAAUUUCACUCUGAGGUGGAACUACACUGGGGAUGGUACCAAUGUGACAUUUUCAGCUCAAUACCGGUGCUUUGAUGAUCUUCAGACAAAUAAACCAGAAUGGAGGGAAUUAUCUGGUUGUCAAAAUGUCAGUCACACGGAAUGUGACUUUUCUUCAGCACUGACUGCAUACUAUGAUAUGCAUCAGUUGCGCGUAAGGGCUGAAAGAAGGGAAGACAAGUCUCCGUGGUCUGAUGUUUUUGAAAUGAUUCCAUAUGAAAUAGCUGAGAUUGGUCCUCCUGAAAUAGCGCUGCAGUCCAUAAAUGGAGCCAUUAAAAUUAAGGUUUCUCCUCCAGAAGCAAAUCAGGACCGAAAAAUGUGGCUAAAUCCUCUGCGUUUUAAAUAUAAUGUAGUUAUCUGGGAAAAUUCAUCAAAUGUAGGGGAGGUCAGAAAUCAAAAUAUUUUACCUAUUGAUGUAAUAGAUGGUCUUGCGCCAGAGACCACCUAUUGUUUGAAAGUUCAAGCAACUGUUCCUCUGGACUACCAAGAAGGCCUAUUCAGUCCAAUUCAUUGCAUAAAAACCACCCGUAAAGUAAAUGACCUUCUUUGCCCAACAAAUGUGAGAGUUUUUGCUUUGAACAUGAAGUUUUAUCUGCUUUGGAAUAAUCACUAUAAAGAACAUGUGAACUAUACCGUACAGUAUCUCAUUGGGUUCCUAAAGAGCCUGUAUGAUGAUUACUCCUCAAAGUGGCAAAAUGUACGUGGAUGUGAAGGCAUCACUAACAUGAAAUGCAAUUUGUCAUCUGUCAUCAACCCUACUUCAGCAUUUCAUUAUUUCCGUGUGCAGGCCAUGAAUGAAUACAAUAAAUCAUGUUUCUCUAAAGACGUAAAAGUAGAUCCUCUGGUAACAAAUGAAAUUGGCCCUCCUGAUGUAAAGGUGGACAUCAGUGAUGUUUUGCUCCAUAUCCAGAUUUCUUCUCCAGGAGGAGCUGAGAGUGAAAACAUGAGGGACUUUUACGAUUUAUCUUACCAGAUUCUGUAUUGGAAGAAUUCAUCAGAUAAUGAGCAGGAAGUGAAAAUGAAAGAAACAAAACAGACAAUAGCGACAAUCUCUGAUCUAACUCCCUCGACUUUGUACUGCGUGAAAGUACAAGCACUCUCAAAAGCUUACAAUAAAAGCAGUGAUUUCAGCAAAGAGGAAUGCAUCGGAACACCUGGAGAUAAAAGCUUACCUCUGAUCGUUUUAGCAACAUUUGUAGCUGCCCUGAUUGUUGUCUUGAUUGUGGCAUCACUGGUUAUUUUUUUCAUGUAUCAAGCCUAUAAUAAAAUCAAAUACAUGUUCUUUCCAUCAUGCCAGACUCCUCUGAACAUAGAGGGCUUUGGAGGACAGCUCUUUAGCAGUCCAUAUGUACCUGCUGCAGAAGAACCAGUAGAAAUUUGUUACAUAAUUGAGAAUAGCAUCACAGAAGUAAAUCAAAUUGAUCUUAAAGAUGACAGACAUUCUAAAGAGAGCAGUCGAGAUUCGGGAAAUUAUUCUUCCGAUAAUAUCUCUGAGAGCAAAGGGUCAGAAGAAAUACUAGAAGAGGACCUGCUAUAACUUUUAUGAAAAUAAAAGUUAAAAAUGGGACUUGUAGUAUAAUAAACACUUGAACUUUUUUUUAUUAUGACAUAAGUCUCGGGCUAAUGAAGACUGUAUGACUUUGGAAUCCUCGUUCCGAAGUUUCCAGAUCUGCACUUUGUUAGUGGAAAAUUACAUACCUGCUCUGCUGCAAGCUGACUGAAGUUAAAGCACACUGGAGCUGUGGUAGCUUACACCAUUUUGUCUGAAUAGUCAUCUGAUGAUAAAAGGAGUACUAUCUGAAUACGGAGAAGAGAUCUGUAUGCUUCAUAUACUUGAAUCCGAUAACCUUGGUGAAAGCCUACUGUGUUGUCCAAGAAGGGUUUCUUUCUUACAGGCUUAUUUUGAGUGCCAGUGUGUACUCUGACAGAGUCCUUAGAUUAUGUUUACACAGGCAGAAGAAAAUUGAUGCCAGGUACCAUUUCAAGUACUUCUCUGGCAUCUUCCAGUGCCCUCAGGGAUAGUGUUUUUUGAGUCAGCAGAUCAGAGCAAAGUAUGCAAUGAAGACAGCAGCCUCAAUGAGGCAACUCCUCCCAGCAUCCUCGUAAAAUUCCUUACGGCCGUGGCUGCCAGGUGCUCCCGAUGCCCACUUCCAUGUGUGUCAAGCUGUGUGUUGGGGUGCUCUUCUCCCACAGCACGAAGUAAUGUUGGCACAUACCAGGCGGGAAGAAGGCAGGAAGGAGGCUUACUCCACUGUGGACAAAAGUUUCACAGUGGAAGUGCUUUGUAAAUAGAGGUAUGGUGAAAUUGUAUUGUGCUGCAUUUAGAAUGGCAGCCAAUGAAUACAUAAAAUAAUGGAAUAAUACUUUGAAAAAUACUUUAAAAAUUACUUUGAUGAUACAGUGUAUUAAGAGGAAUAUCCUGUUCUUUUUUUCCCUCUCUCAUGACUACGCAACUGGAAGUUUAGAGCUCUUGUAAUUGAAUGGGAUUUGCAAAUGUGAAAUUUCAUUCUGUGUUUAGAAGUAUCCAAGUUGUAUUUAGAAAAUGCCUUUUAACAGCACAGCAAGGACACUGUCCUUCAAAGCUUUUCCAGCUCAGCCUCGUCUUGCCAACAGCCAGCUCUUUGUACAAUUGUAAAGAUGCUGCAGUUGUAUUUGUUUGCAUACCACUCUCUUCUUUCAAAGUAUUUUUUAAUAGAUUAUUUUUAAUGACAGAAUUGACUUAGAAUAAACUAGGUUUGAGUUACAUGUGGGCCAUUGUGUAUUACAGCAAGCAACUGCUGGUGUUUAAGUAUUUCUGUUUUUUUUAUUUCAAAAAUGUGAUCUAAUUUUAUACAUUUUGUGUUCCAGUGUUCAUUGAAGAACUUAAUAAAUUUUGCACAUUUACUUCUUUAA